GUCAAAAUCAGGACUCAGCGGUUUAUAAGUUACGUAAAAUUCGCCUUUUGCUCUAAAAAUCCUCACGAUGAGCUGGAAGGCCAAUUACUACGACAAGCCGGAAGGCGAGGAUCUCUUUGGCAAGAUGGUCGCGACGAACAAGUACGCGCUGGCCGGCGGUCUCGGUUGGUCGACGGUUGAAGUAAUGAUGGUAUCGAAACCGAAGGGCUACCUACCCACCGUCGCUCGGUACAUGUACUUCACGGGACCGUUCGUCGGAAUGGCGUCCGCGUUUACGGUCGGUACGUACGCCGCAAACAAACUGCGUGGCACGGACGAUGGAUGGAACUACGUGGCCGGAGCGUUUGCUGCCGGAGGGAUUUAUGGUGCCUGGAAGCGCUGCGUGGUCAGUGGUCUCGUGGCUGGUCUCAUUUUCAGCGUGGCCGGUGCCCUGAAGAAACAGUCGAUCGAUGAAGGUUGGGAGUUCUUUCCGGAAGUUAAAAAUCACGCCAUCAGCAGUGUAAACCCGAACCGUUACGACUUUACGCUUACGAAGGAACGCGAACGCGGAUGGACGACUGGAAAGUAAUUUGUUGGCGCCGACCAGUGCGCACCCUUGUUCUGGCGAUCUUGUAAAGCAUAUUAGGCAAUAAACACUGUGGACACUAGUAA